AUGGACCACAACGCAAUAGUCAUGUCCUGCGUAGAGAAGAAGAUUGUACAAGACGGAUUCGUGGCAGCCGACGACGGCCCAAUGUACGCCGAGUUCAUCACCGUCAUGGCCAUGAACGGCAAACAGGAGGCCGAGAUGAACACGGAACUCAGCGAUCUUUUCGGCGCGAAAUAUGAUCCGGCGUUUGGUACUUGGGUGAAGCAGCUGGUACAGCAUAUUGAGCAAGGCGGGACGGUUGCGCCUGAGCAUUUGAUGCCCCAACACCGACCCCAAGAAGCGGCAGCGGUCACGGUGGCGGAUGCAGACCCUCAGCAGGAUCAGAAUGAGCAGUACGAACAGUACGACGAUGCCGCCAUGGACGACCAACCAGCAAAAUUGACAGGAAGAGCACGGGUAGCAGGGAACCCCUACCCAGCACCCCGAUUAUUCAACCAGCUCACGAAAGCACUGGAGCGGAAUCCCGAUACUCUAUCCAAACCACGCCGAAAAUCGAUUGAUCCCGAGCUUGGAGUAGCUGUACCAACGGGACCGAAGAACGAUAUCGCGCCGCCGACGGGACCGAGAAGAGGGGGUGGGCCAGUGGGGUUGGAUCGUGGGCUUAGGAGUGGAGGACGCGCAAACGGAGGACCAUUAAGAGGGAUGAACAACCAGAACCAGCGUGGUGCUCGUGGUGGAGCACAGAUGAACCCACACAUGAACAAUAUGAACAACGGCCGCAUGGUACAAACUCCCUUCGGCCCAAUCCCAGCCCAUGUCCUCGCAAUGGCAACAAACAUGGCCUCCAUGCUCUCCGCCAACGGACAAUUUCCCGCUCCACCAAACACUCUCGCACAACGCCUCGGCGCAGAUCCCACACGACAAACGAAACCUCGAUGCAAUAAAUGGCCGAUGUGUCCUUAUGGACAGAAGUGCCAGUUUCCGCAUCCGGGGAAGGUGUGUCCGAUGUUCCCCCGGUGUCCGAAGCCGAGGGGGACUUGUGAUGGGAUUCAUCCUGGGGAGGAUAUGCCUGUGCACGAGGUUCAAGCAUUUAUCACAAAACAGCAAAAGAACAACGCCUCAAACGGAACGAAGACGAACGGUGCUGGUGGGGUUAAGAAGGAGGGAGUGUCGCCGGUUGUGAGUGGGGAUGCACCGCUGUGCAAGUACGACUCGAAAUGCCAGAAUGCAGCAUGUUACUUCGCGCACUCCACCCCCGCCGCACCCGAAGGACAAGGUCUCGUAUUGAGACCCGAGCCAUGUCCCUCCGGAGCAGACUGCGCUGACGCCGAAUGCGACCGCGCUCACCCAUCCCCCGCCAUCAACAAGCCCGCAACCGACGGCGACACAGCCAUGGACGGCGCAGCUGAACACAAAGAGGUAGAUACCCGCCCCCCCUGCAAAUUCUACCCCGACUGUGCCAAGGGUGACGCCUGCCCCUUCCGCCACGACGCAAACACCUCAACGACAGUCCAGAUCCCCUGCCAUUUCGGACUCACGUGUACGCGUCCCAACUGCCACUUCCUCCACCCCGCGGGCGAUGAUGGGAAGUUUCCCAUCCCGUGUAGGUUUGGAGCGAGGUGUAAGAAUGAUAAGUGUAGGUAUCAGCAUGCGCCGGAUUUGAAGAAUAAGAUUUGGACGAGGGAUGGAGGAGGGGUGGGGACGAGUGAGAGGGCGUUUGUGGGUGGGGAGGUGGUCGAGAAGGUUGUUCCUGGGAGUGGAGUUGGGGUUGAGAUUACGAUCGGGGAGAAUGAUGUUGAGAUGGCUGCUUGAGCCUAAGAAGUCAUGGCGAGCAAGCGGCGAGGAAAAUGAUGAGGAGUAUUUGAGUGGAAAAGAGUUGUGACUGGGUGAUUGGGAUUACGAAGGCGCAUCUUUUCUUGUAUGGAAGGAAAAUGCAUUGGUAGAAUGAUAUGAUCUGGCUAUACGUCUCCUAUACCGAAC